AUGUCUGAAAAACAAGCUCCCGAAGUGGACGAACACAACGAGUACUUCGAUAUUUACGUUCGUUUUAACGAGGAUAUGGAAAAGGACUACUGUUUCCAGAUCAAGACCACAACCACCUUCCGUGAUUUGUUCAAGAUCUUCAACACCUUGCCCAUCGCGUUGAGACCCUCCAUCUUCUACGAAGCCAAGCCAGUUGGCUUUGAAGUGUCUACGUCUCCAGGCUACUUGACUGAAGAUGGUAACUUCAUCUUCGAAUACGAUGCUCAUAAGCAAACCAAGAAGAUUGCCAACCUUGACGACAAAGUCUCUCAGCAUGUGUGGCCCGGUCAGUUGAUUUUGCCAGUAUGGGUUUUCAACGAUUUUGGUUUCUACUCCACGAUUGCAGCCUUGGCAACAUGGUUAUACACUGAUUUGCCUGAUUUUAUUUCGCCUACUCCUGGUAUUUGUUUGACCAACACGCUUUCCCAACUUGCUGCUAAAGUUGCUAUUCACUUUGGCUACCCAAAUGUCGCCAACACUCUUGUGGAGGACAUUGGCAAGAGCAUUGCAAUUCCAGGUCAGUUGAUUUUCUUUGUGUUCCACCUUUUGAAGAUCGCUGCUAUCUUUGGCCUUCUCUACUCAGGAAUGUUCAACCCAGUCAAGCUUUUGCGUUUUGCCCGUAAGAACAUUCGUGACGAAAUCACCAAGGAAGAGUUAAUUGAAUUGGGCUGGACAGGAACCAGAAAGGCCACCCCUGAUGAGUACAACGAAUACUUCCGCGAAUACAAGAUCAAGGAGCAUGGAGGCAUGAUCCAGGCACACAGAGCCGGUUUGUUCGACAUCAUGAAGAACUUGGGCUGUCACUUGGGCCCUGGUGAAGGUUACAACACUCCUAUUGAACACAAGGGCACUUUCAAAGAGUUGCUUGACCAGGCUCUGGACGAAGAAAACCCUACGUUCAAGUUGGAGUUGAACUUUGAGUACUUUGGUCAAUUGGGACUCUUGUUCACCCAGUACGUCGAUGACAAGGAGGGCUCUGAAUUGACAGACUACAUCAAACAGUACAGAAGAUACGGUUUGUUGUACUCCAACGACAACAUCAAGAAGAUUGUCGAGAAGAGAAAGCACGCUUCUGUUGCCAACAAGUUGGACAAGUAGAGGGUGUGUCUCUCGAGAGAUCUUUUAAAUUUUUGCUAUUUUAGAGAUUUCAACUGAAAAUUUCAGUCUCAUGAAGUUUUCACUAUUUUGAAAAUUGUAACGAAAAUCACGAUUGCAAUACGAACUGUUUAAUCAACCCAAAAUCACUGUGUUAAAAGGUCAUAGUAAAGGACAUGGAAACUGGAUUGCAUAUUUCAAUAUUAAUUGUAAAACUAGGAAAUCACAAUGCUCCAAAUGAUAAAAAUGACAUAAUUCAAUCAGGUAUUCUUCAUUGAUACACCCAUAGGUGUAUUUCGAUAAUUGUGCCAGUUAUGGUGCCUUCCAACGAAAAUUGUAUCUUUGAUAUACCGACGUGAAUUUCGAUUUUCAUAUUCAAACUAUGGCCAAUCUUUUUUUUUGAAGGCUAUCCGUUACUAAUAGACCUGUCGAAGUCGUCUUCUUUUUCUUCUUUAAUAAUGUUGUAAUUCAAUUAAUCAUAAUGCUU